GUUAUUUGAGUCAACCGCUGAAUUAAUGUGACCACAACUCUUUUUACCCAGUAAGGUUGAAACGCCGGUGGUUCUAUGCAGCCGCGUGCUGCCGUUGGUCUGAAGUAAACUCACCCGCCCGCGUGCAGCCCCUAAUCACGCGCCGGCGCCAUGGCAGUGCUGUUCGCGGCAGUAGCGCGCGGCCGCACAGUGCUGGCCCAGCACGCGAGCUCGGCGGGAAACUUCUCGUCGGUGACUGAGAAGGCGCUGAGUAAGAUUAUGGAACAGAAGCAGCACCAGAAGCUCACCUUCUCUCACGAAAGUUUCCUCAUUCACUACAUCUGCCAAGAUAAGAUUAUAUGCCUGUGCGUCACAGACACUCAGGAGGACCCUGAGAAGUCGCAAGUGUUCUGCUUUCUUGGCCAGAUGAAGAAAUGUUUCCAGAUGACCUACGGGUCACAAGCACAGAUGGUUCUACCCAGGGAUGUGGAGAGGGACUUCUCUAGCACAAUUGCCACCCUGAUGAAAAACUAUUCAAACUAUCUGAGUCUGGACCGUUUGAGGGAGAUGCAGAUGCAGAUGGAGGAGCUGAAGGAAAUCAUGGUGCACAAUAUUGACCUGUUGGCCCAGCGGGGGGAGAAGUUGGAUGUACUGAUUGAUAAGACAGACAACUUGGCAUUCUCGGCUGUCACCUUCAAGACUACAAGCCACAACCUGGCACGUGUACUGUGGAUGAGAAACGUCAAGCUGACUGUUGUUGCUGUCUUGGUGGCUAUUACUGUAGUCUACCUGUCUGCAUCUGCAGCAUGUGGGGGUCCAAGCUGGCCCAGCUGUGUGGCCAAGAAAUGAGCUGUGCAGCAUCUAGUCUCAGGCCUGCUUACCAAAUACUGUUUACCAUGGAAGCAGAAUUGCUGAUGGACUGCUGGUGGCUGAGCCUCUUUGUGCCAUUGGUGUAAAGAGCCACUUCAAAGUGUGUAUGUCACUAAACAUGGUGUUUUAUAUGGUAUAAUUUAACUGCUCUUGAUGUCUGUAAUUUGCAUUCUGUAAAUAAGGCACAUGACAUAAAUUGGACAUUCUAAAACUCAGAAGUGGUUUUUUUUUUUUUUUUUUUAAACCUCCAUAGUCUCAAAGAGAAUGUGUAUGUCUUAGGGAGCAGUCAGUUUGUAUCCUGUAUUUAGUGCUUCGCUUCACUCUGCCUGAAGCCCAGUUCGCUGCCACUUUCAUGUCAUUAGUAUUUUGCUGUAAUAAUUGAACUGUUACGGUUCCUGUUAUUGCAUUGAUUGUUUUUCAGUGGACCUACUUUGAGAGUUGUGUGAAACUGGUCAUGAGGAGCUCAGUACCCAGAAAAGUCAGACUCCCUCAAAGUGAUCAAAUCAUUCACCAUUUGUUUUUUUUUUUGCUUUCAGAUGUUUACUGACUGGAUUUUAAGCAGCUGUUGAAAGCUUGCAUUGAAUUUGAAGACCAAAAUGCUCCUUUAUGCUACAUAUCAGUUUAAAUUUGAGGUUGUGAAAGAAUUCAAAUGAAUAUGAACAACCAGGAACCAAACCUUUUUCUCAUAAGUCUAAGAUGUUUUGUGGACCAUAUAAGGACUUAUCUUUCACAUUAAGCUCAAGACCCAUGUGGUAAAAAUGGUCUGCUGAGUGCUUGGUGUUGUUGGCAGGUAAAUAUUUCUUUGUACAAUUCACUUUAACCACUUUUUAUUGUGUAAUAUUCCUGU